AUGAGAUAUAGAAGUAGAAGAAGUAAUAAUAACAGGAUAUCUUCAUGGGAGACAUCGGUCAUUCGUAAGAUCUACAAGUGUGUCAAUGUGAACAAUAGAAGAACUAGUAUCUCUAACACCGCAAUGAAUAUUAUGGUUUCAAUGAUGAGAGAUCUCACUCUUAGAAUCUUGAUCAGAUCGAAAGAGAUUCUGAACGUUUCGAACAAAAAGACUCUUACCGCGAGACAUGUGCAGUUUGCACUCAGGUUGGAGUUGAGCAAUUGCGGUGAACUCAUGAGACAUGCAGUAUCCGAGGGAACUAAAGCAGUUUGCAACAAUGACAAAUAUAGUCGUGGUACUGGUGGUGGUGAUGAUGAAGAAAGAGAAAAGAAACCAGCUGGUGGUGCACCACAACAAGGAAAAAUCGUCAAACCUUCAAAGAUAAAGUUGUCUCUCAAGAGAACCGAUAUGUUCCAGCGUGUCAGUAAAGAUGCUUAUGUCUAUCUUGCUGCGGUGAUAGAAUAUUUAGCUAGUGAGGUACUGGAACUUUCCUAUAACAAUUGUACUAAUGCAAAAAAAUCUGUAAGUAAUAACAACCAAAACAACCACAAUAACAUAGCAAUGUCGAGUAUCUAUUUAACCAAAAUUAUCAUCUUCUUAUUUAUUUAUUUAUCUAUCAUCAACACGCUGUUUAGAGACUCAUGGCACAACACAUCAACAUGUCCAUUAGACAAGAUCAGGAAUUGGAUGCAUUGUUUAAAGAUGUUACAAUUGCUCAGGGUGGUGUUAUCUUCUCUCAAAAUACCUAUUAAAAUAUCAACAUUGCAAUAA